AUGGCGGGCACGUACUCGCCCAUGCUAUCGCUUGUGAUAGCUCAUUUCCACCUCCUCGCCAAUCCAGAUAUAAUGACCAAGUUGCGCACUGAGCUAGCCGCCAAUCCAUUAGCUGUAACGCCAACUCAGCUAGAGCAGCUCCCCUACAUCUCUGGUAUCACGCACACUAACGGAAAGAACGAAACAAAAACGUACACGAUCCCACCCGGCACUUCAAUUAGCGUUUCCACCCUGCUGAUACACACCAACGAGUCGAUAUUCCCAGACCCCUGGAAAUUUGAACCUGAAAGGUGGACGAAUGCCGAUGAGGCAACACUCGCUCGCCGGCGCCGAUGCAUGUUGAGCUUCAUGAGGGGAUCACGAGCCUGUGUGGGUAUGCACCUUGCAAAUGCUGAAAUGGUCGUUGCGGUUGCAGCCAUAGCACGCUGGAAUAUGAGACUCUUCGAGACCACAGAUCAGGACGUAGCAUUCUGCCAUGAUUAUCACGUAUUGUGUCCAAGGUUGGGAUCCAAGGGGCUGAGGGUAAAGGAUCUUGGUCGUCAAUAG